AUGUCGCAAUACGCUCGUGUCGAGGAGCUGUCAGACUCCGACCCUGAUGAGGUCGCGCCUUCCGACUUUCUUCCCGAAAAUACCAUCAUUGCACCCAUUGCACCCGCCGUGCCAACACCGGCCCCAGCAAAGCCAACCCCAGCUUUCGCCCCACCAAUCUCCCAGGUGCCAGAGCCUCAGCGCGAAAUCCCCCGUCACUUCCAAUGUCUCUACCCGGUUUAUUUCGAUAAGAGUCGCUCCCGCGCCGAGGGCCGUAAGGUUGGUGCCGAGCUUGCUGUUGAGAACCCGCUGGCGCGAGACAUCGUGGAUGCGGUACAGAUGCUGGGAUUGAAGGCUGGCUUGGAGCCCGAAAAACUACACCCGAAAGAUUGGGCGAAUCCCGGCCGAGUGCGCGUGCUCCUCAAGGAUGAAGAUGGCACUUUGGUCAAUCCUGGCAUUAAGAAUAAGCAUCACCUCUUUAUCCUCGUUGCACAAUAUCUGAAAGCCCACCCUACGAAUGAGCAAUCUCCGUACCGCCUCCGUAUUCGCGGCUUGCCCAUGCCCGAGAAACUCCCUGAAGCUCCUUCAGCCCCACGUGGUUGGAAGAUCGGAAAAAUCCUGCCUAUCCACUCGCCCGCAUACAGUGGUGGUGGUGUGAGUGACAACCCAUUCAAAGAGGCCAUGGCGGAGAUGCAAAAUAUGCAGGGAAUGCCCGGAAUGCCCCAGAUCCCUGGAAUGCCUGGUAUGGGUAUGCCUGGUAUGCCCGGGAUGCCAGGCUUCCCCGGUAUGGGUGGUGAGCCCUCUGGCUCAGCCCCAGAAAAGAAGAAGAAGGAUAAGAAGAAGGGCAAGGCCUAA